AUGUCAAUCCUGAUGUUCAGCACACAUGGUCUUGGUGUCCCCGAGUUGUUCAGGGAAGACUGCGGUCGACCGGGAACAGAUGGACGUUUGCGAUGGUUGCAAGACAAGGAGUACGAUCGAGCACAUCUUUACGUACUUGCAAACAGUGGCAUCUUAAGUGAUUAUGAAAGGCGAUUCGAGGAUUAUAUUGUCAAUUCAAGACCGAACAUUGCUAAGGAUGAUGUGUGGAGCAAAUGCGAAGCCGAGUUCCCUAGUUGGUUCAAGACAAAUGUCCUUGGUGCCAUGACAAGUGACGAUGUCACUCGAGCUCUUGCUAUGGGUCCUUCCAGACAAGUGAGAAUGUGGAAUCAGUUCUUUGUGAAUGGAUAUAACUUUCAUACACAGGAAUAUGGCAAGAAUAAGUCAACUAUGAACUAUGGUGUAUGUGUACAAGCUGCUGAUAGAGCUGAUUACUUUGGCAUUUUGGAGGAGGUUAUUGAACUGGUGUACCAUGGUAAUUUGGUUGUUUAUAAGACAAUUUUGUUCAAGUGCAAUUGGAUGGACUCGGACAAGGGUAUGAACAUUCAUGAACAGUACAAACUUGUGGAAGUCAAUCACACCAAGAAAUACCCAAAAUAUGAUCCGUUUGUAUUGUCGUACCAAGUUAGCCAAGUAUACUACGCGCCGUAUCCCAGUCUUAGGAGGGAUAAAGUGCAAUGGUGGGCUGUGUUUAAAACGAAGGCAAGGUCCGAAGUUGAUGCCCCGGUUGAUUUGGAUGUUCUCCAGGAGGAAAGAGUUGAUACGCUGCAGUUCUUUGUGCUCCGGAUGAGAUACCAGAUUAUGAUGCUGGUGACGACAACAAUAAUGAUGAGAUCAUGGAAUUUGAGGCGCCGAAUGAACAAGGAGAACCAAGUGAAUAUGAAAGCAGCGACGAGACUGAUGUCAUCAGGUACCGGAUCCGGAGGUGGUCCUCGUGAUGGGGUAGUGCAGAGAGGGUGA